AUGUGUCCAUAUCUAACAAAUGUUCAAAAGAAUCAUUAUCAAUCUAGGCUCUAUACUUUUUCUUUAUUUCUUUUCUCAGUUCACCUCAAUCUGUUAAUAUCUAUCUAUCCAUCUAUCUAUUUAUCUGUAUCUAUCUGUUUCGUUUUUCCUAUCUAUAUAUUUAUCUAUCAUUGUUCAUAUCUAUCUACUAUGGAAGUGCCAAAACAUUCGUUUAAUACAUCAAACUGGAGUAUUGUUACUCUCUUUUUCUCUCCUUCAUCCUCUUCUUUCUUUCUUUCUUUCUUUCUUUCUUUUUUUCUCGUUCUUUUCUUUCUUUCUUUUUUUCCUUUCUUUUUUCUCGUUUCUUCCCUCUCUUUUUUCUUUCCUUUUUCUUUCUUUCUUUCUUUUUUCCUUUCUCGCUUUCCUUUCUAUCUCUUUUUUUUCUUUUCGCUUUUUUUUUCUCAUUCCCCUCUCUUUUUUCCGUUUUCUCUCUCUCUUUUUGUCUUCCUUUCUCUUUCUUUCUCAUUCUCUUUCGAUGUCUCACUCCCAUUCUUUAUCUUCUUUCUUUCUUUUUUCUUUCUUGUCAUUCCCCUCUCUUUUUUUCCGUUUUCUCUUUCUCUCUCUCUCGCUUUCUCACUUUCCUUCAAUAUCUUUGUCUUUCUUUUUCUUUCUCUCUCUUUCCUUCUCUCUCUCUUUUUCUGUCUUCCUUUUUCUUUCUCUCUCUUUCUUUCUCAUUCUCUUUCGAUCUUUCCUUCACUUCUCUCUCUUUGCUUCUUUUCUGUCUCUCUCUCUCUCACUUUCUUUUUCUCCUCCCUCCUCCCUCCCUCUCUCUCUUUUUGUGUUCUUUUUUCUUUUUCUUUUUUUCUAUUUCUUUCUCGUUCACUUUCUUCUCUUUCUUUCUCUCUAUUUCUUUCUCUUCCAUUCUUUUCUCUCUCACACUCUCUUUCGUUCAAUUUGAUUCGGGUUCUAUCUAUCUGUCUCAGUCGGGUUCUAUCUAUCUAUCUAUCUAUCUAUCUAUCUAUCUAUCUCAGUCGGGUUCUAUCUAUCUAUCUCAAUCGGGUUCUAUCUAUCUAUCUAUCUAUCUAUCUAUCUAUCUAUCUAUCUAUCUCAGUCGGGUUCUAUCUAUCUAUCUCAGUCGGGUUCUAUCUAUCUAUCUAUCUAUCUAUCUAUCUAUCUAUCUAUCUAUCUAUCUAUCUCAGUCGGGUUCUAUCUAUUUCAGUCGGGUUCUAUCUAUCUAUCUAUCUAUCUAUCUAUCUAUCUAACUCGGGUUCUAUCUAUCUAUCUAUCUAUCUAACUCAGUCGGGUUCUAUCUAUCUAUCUAUCUAUCUAUCUAUCUAUCUAUCUAUCUAUCUAUCUAUCUAUCUAUCUAUCUCAGUCGGGUUCUAUCUAUUUCAGUCGGGUUCUAUCUAUCUAUCUAUCUCAAUCGGGUUCUAUCUAUCUAUCUAUCUAUCUAUCUAUCUAUCUAUCUAUCUAUCUAACUCAGUCGGGUUCUAUCUAUCUCUCUAUCUAUCUAACUCAGUCGGGUUCUAUCUAUCUUUCUAUCUAUCUAUCUAUCUAUCUAUCUCAUCGAGUUCUAUCUAUCUAUCUAUCUAUCUCAGUCGGGUUCUAUCUAUUUCAGUCGGGUUCUAUCUAUCUAUCUAUCUCAAUCGGGUUCUAUCUAUCUAUCUAUCUAUCUAUCUAACUAACUCAGUCGGGUUCUAUCUAUUUAUCUAUCUAUCUAUCUAUCUCAGUCGGGUUCUAUCUAUUUCAGUCGGGUUCUAUCUAUCUAUCUAUCUCAAUCGGGUUCUAUCUAUCUAUCUAUCUAUCUAUCUAUCUAUCUAUCUAUCUAUCUAUCUAACUCAGUCGGGUUCUAUCUAUCUAUCUAUCUAUCUAUCUAUCUAUCUAUCUGCUUUUAUCACUUUAAAUGUUAUUUUUUAA